AUGAAUAACCACUACCGAGGUCGCGUUCGGAGUGGAUGUCUAACAUGCAGAGCCAGAAAGGUCAAAUGCGACGAGAACCGUCCUGAUUGCAACAAUUGCACAAGACUAAAGAGAAAAUGUAUCUACAAACCUCGUCGAUCCCCUUCGAAACCUACCGACGCUGCAGCUGUUGUGGCCCACAAUACUCCCUCCCAGGCACAUCAGGUCCGUACACCGGAAGUCGAUCUAUCCACACAGCAGGCUACCAAUCAAGAAUGUCUAUUUCAUGAGAAAUUGUCCUUUCCCGACGAACCUUAUGGGCCUGGAGCUUCUCAUAGCUCGAGUCAGGAGGAAACUCCGGCGCUGCAUGUAGAGGACCUCUUCUCGCCUGUCCAAAGAGAUGCUCGGUCGUUCGAUCAUCAAAGAGACGACCUUUCCGGUCAACAGAAUGACCUGGGCAUCAUAGGAUCUCCCGACGUCCAAUAUUUGAUGACUUCGCAAGACAUCUAUCUGUGUACGACAAUCGAUUUAUUGGCCGCUUCUGAAGCUUCAACUCAUUCAUCAUUUGCCUACUUUGUUGACGAGGUAAACAUUCCUGCUGUUUCGCCCUUCGACCAUGUGAACUGGGGUAGGAUGAAAGUUCACGUCGCGGAGCUCGCCAUUCACGAUAAAGCGGUGGCUUCUGCCAUAUUAGCAAUACAAGCAGUGUAUAAAGCACAAGCCAAUUCGUUACCUAUGACCAAUGCAACAUCAGUAUAUCAAUCUGCGGCGAAUAUUUUCGGGACGGCCUUAUACGACGAUCACCACGGCUUCAACACCAUCCUGGUUGUCGCGUUCCUAUUAUGUUUGUGCGAGAUGAUUAUUCCGAACGAGACUGGUUCCAUUUUUGGCCAAUCUGACGGAAUCUUCGUGACGAGAAUGAGGGUCUGGUCUUGGAAUGGUCCUCUCCCCCCGAUAUCUAUGCGAAUCCUGGCGUGGUUAAGAGUUCUCCAUGCGGCUGCAAGGCGUUCAGGAGGCCCAGGGCUUUUGUCGGACGCGGUCUUCAGCCUGCUUCCGGACCAAGCCACGGAAAUUCCCAACAUAUCUCUGCCGCGAAAUUGCACGGACGCAUCCGUUCCUUUGUACGACUACAUCACCGCUCCUAUCUUCGCGCUCUUCGUAGAGCUCCAAAAGAUCUCAACCCAUAUCGCGAAUUUAAGCCAUUAUCACCGAUCACGAGUCACCGGGAGCGACCAAAAGGAGGUGUCAGACAUCAUUGGCGGCUUUAAACUUCAAAUGUAUUCCCUGUGGAAUGCCCGACCGGACCUGAUGCGCUUCAAACCAGGCCAACUUCGAGUUCAAUUUCCUCGCGAAGUCUCCGAACCUCUCAUUACUCUAGUAGGAAUUUGCAUUGCAACAUAUAAUACUGAGAUUAUCGAGACAGGCCGAAAUCUAAGCGAUCCCCCAUUUGCCUCGCUAGAAGCAAAGCAAGCCAUGCGUCGGAUUCGCCUUCUUAUCGAAGGUGACUGGAAUUCUUCAGAUGGAGAAAAUCUCAAUCCGGCGUAUCUUCGACCACUGUUUUUAUGUGCCAUCGAAAGUAUAGAUGCCGAUGAGACCAAAUGGGCGGUGGCCCAGCUGAAGAAAAUCAGGAACCCCAUCUGUCGAAGUGAUUUCUUCGCAUCUUUUGCAGAGUCUCUCGCAGAAGCACAAAGAGAUAAACGGAGACGGGUCACUACAAGAUAUUUCUGCCUCCAGACUUUUGGUGUCCCACCCCCUUAUUUGUAG